GCCAAAUCCAGCUGUACAAUGAAUAAUCCAUCCAAUCCCCAGAAAAAGGAACCCCUCACUAUGCCGUAGUUCUACAGAUGUAGAAUUUGUAACCUCAUAUCAUUAUAUAAAGUGUCUUUCCCCUCCCUCGGUCUCAUUCUCAUAUCUACACCCUCAAAUUAAUUAAUGACAUCGCGCAUCACCCAAUUGGGAAAGCAACUCUUCACAAUGGCUCAAAAGACCAAGACCGACAUCACCCUCUACACCACCAACACGCCCAAUGGCAUCAAACCCUCUAUUCUGCUCGAGGAGCUUAACCUCGAGUACAAGGUGUAUCCUAUCAAGAUGACAGAGAAUGAGCAGAAGGAAGAGUGGUUCCUCAAGAUCAACCCCAACGGUCGCAUCCCUGCUCUCACCGAUACUCUCGACGGCAAGCAGAUCCGUGUUUUUGAGAGUGGUGCUAUGCUGCAGUACCUCGUUGAUCGCUAUGAUAAGGAUCAUAAGCUUUCGUUCCCUCAUGGAUCUGCUGAGCAUUGGGAGAUGACCAGCUGGCUCAUGUGGCAGAUGGGUGGCCUCGGUCCCAUGCAGGGUCAAGCCAACCACUUCAAGCGCUAUGCUCCCGAAAAGAUUGAGUACGGCAUCAACCGCUACACCAACGAGACCCGCCGUCUCUACCGCACCCUCGACACUCACCUCGCCCAGACAUCAUCCGGCUACAUCGUCGGCGACAAAGUAACCAUCGCCGACAUUUCCAUUUGGGGCUGGGUCUCCAGCGCAAAAUGGGCUGGCGUUGAUCUCUCCGAGUUCCCUCACCUCGAGAAGUGGCUCUACAAGCUCCUUGAGCGUCCUGGUUUCGAGGCUGGUCGUCAUGUUCCUACGCGCCACACCGCGUUUGAGCUGGCCAAGCUGAGUGAGGAGGAACUUGAGGCAAAGGCUAGUGCGUCCAAGGCUUGGGUUCAGUCUGGUAUGAAGGAAGAUGCGAAGAAAUAAAUAAUGACAGCAUAAACGAAGCGUAAUACAUUCUGUUUUAACUAUCUCCCGA